AUGAUCCACAUCCCCUUCCCCCACCCCGCUUUAGUAUUAGUUUUUAAAGAUCGAAAUCCGCAAAGGAAGCCGAGCUCUUGGCUGCGCCUUUGUUUGGUGCCGGGGGACGCGAGGAGCGGGCGGGCAGCCGAGGGGGAGCCACUUAGCUCAGAUAGACGGACCCGCCGCAAUUGCAUUGUUUUCUCCUCCUCCUCCCCCCGCCGCCCCGUCCAACCGUUUGGAAGAGGAAGGAGGAGAAAGCGGAAGGGGUUAUCCUUCUGUCUCCUAAGGGUUUGUCCCAGAUACCAUUCCAUUAUCACAGGAGAGCCGUGGUUGCUGGUAAACAUCUCGCAGGAGAAGUCAGAACUCAGCAAGCAGCUAGAGACGGCGCAUCACACAGUGAAGCUCAGACCUGUAUCCUAUGAGGCCUCUUCACCACAUCUUUCUUUCAGGAUUCGAGCCGUGCUGUUUGGAAGGAGCAAUUUCGUCUUCUCUCAGAGCGAUGACGCUGUACCACUUUCGGCAUAUCCUGCUCCCCCCAUUUACCUGGGUGGCUGCUAUUGCUGCUGUUGCUGCGGCUGCUGCUGUUGGGCUUGCUCCUGCCUGCCUGCCUUCCUGCGUUUCAACCUGGCUUGCACUACGGGAGAAUCUCUUGUCGGCACAUUCUCGGCAAGAUGCGAGGAAAAUCUGGGCAGUGCAUUCUGUUCCUGCUGGAAGAGAAGAAAUGUGUGAUUCUGGGUUUUUAUUCCCCCCCACCCCACCCUAAAGGGUGAAAAAUGUGAGUCAAAGAGAUACGAUGCCAGGUAAUCUGGUGUUUACAGCAAGGGCAUCGGCAGCGAUCCUGUACGUAUGGCAAGGGCAUCAAGAAGAAGAAUCCCAGGCACUGCUGUUCGAAGGGAUUAUUAUGGGGAAAGCCAUGGCGAUGCCGUGCUUCACCUCAGAGGAGCUGUGCUGGAGAUGGAUAAAUAAAGUAUCUGAUACGUGAGCCUGUCAGAGCAUAGCCAUGGGAGGAAAAGAGUGGAAGGGAGCAAGCCAGCAAAUGAAAAGGAGGAAGAGGAGAUGGCAUGCCGUUUGAUCGUGUCUGCUCAUUUCUGCAAUGAUGAUGAUGAUGGCAUAAUUUACAGAACCCAUAUCUGGAUAGAGGGACUCUAAAUUGUAGUCUGAACACUCCCUAAUGCGGUUACGGAGGAAACAAAAGGUGUAGGUGGCUGAAAAGACAUGAGCACCUUGUGGGGGAAAGGAGAAGUGUGCAGUGUAUGUUGUAUGUGUGUCUGUGUUUGUACAUAUGUGCAUUGAGGGAAUGGCAGCUUUCUGACUUGAGAAUGCAUAGGAAGCCUUUCAGGUUGCUGGGUCAGGCUUGGUUAUGGUGCAUAUUUUCAACUACCUCCUUUAUACGUGUUCUUUUCGGCAAUAAGCAGUCAGCUUGUUUGAAAAAGACAUAUUUGGAGGCGAGAUUCUGGAAAUUCUCUCUUUCUCUCCCUCUCUCCCUCUUCCCUUUAACACCUUGAAGCCUUGAAUCUUCUAUAUGUUACAGGGAAGAACAGUGGGAUUUUUUGUUUGCUUCAUCUUUACAAUCUUUAUAAACACAGCUGUACUCAGUCUAGUGAAAAAAUUCUAUACUGUAAAUAGAUGUGUGGUCAGUCUAAUCAAAAUAAAUUAUCCCAGAUGACUUUGGAAGCCCAGCUGGCAACUCCUCAUUUUCAGAUGGCUCAAUGUGCAGCCGAAAUGAAAAUCGGCAACGUAUUUACAUUUUUAAUGCAUUUCAAAGUCAGCCUGUAAUUAAAAAA